UAUAAUUACAGUAUAAAAGCCAAAGAUAAAUUUCCAGGCCACCAGUCUAGAGACAUUUCUAAGGCUCUGCAAGAAGUGUUUGGCAUGUUUAACAUGGGCAAACUCUUCCAGCAGAGUUUUAUACUCAUUUUGACUCUCAUUGCAGAAGUAUGUUCAGAGUCACCUGAGUUUCGGAUAAUAGGAGGUCAAGAGGUCAUACCAUACUCAAUCAAGUACCAGGUGUCCCUUCAAUUUGGAGGGUAUCAUUACUGCGGGGGAACACUUAUUCGUCCUCAAUGGGUGCUCUCUGCAGCUCAUUGUAAGAGAUCAAACAGUUCAAUGCAAGUUGUCUUAAGCGAGCACAAUCUUUCUAAAGGUGAAGGAGUUGAGCAGGUGUUCCAAGUUUCCGGACUGUUUACUCACACAUGUUUCAACGCUCGGACAUUCCAAAACGACAUCAUGCUCAUUAAACUCAAUAAACCAGCUUUUAUCAAUGGUUUUGUCCAGCCAGCUCACCUUCCGUUACUUUCGUGCUCUGUGCGGCCUGGGACAACCUGCACAGUGAGUGGAUGGGGAGUGACAGAUGCCUACAGCUACACCUUGUCUCCGGUGCUACAGGCUGCGAACGUUCAGGUUAUGGAAGAACAUAAAUGCAACUCCUCGUACUCCGGCUCCAUCACGUAUAACAUGAUUUGCGCUGGCAGCUCCACAGGAGGAAAAGACUCAUGUCGAGGGGACUCCGGAGGGCCGCUGAUCUGCAAUGGCAUUUUAGAGGGCAUAGUCUCCUGGGGAUUGGACUGUGCCAGGGCUCAGUUCCCUGGUGUUUACACAAGAGUCGCGAACUAUAUGCCAUGGAUAGAAGGGAUUAUGGCCUACAACUCCUAACAAAAGCUUUUCCAAGGAUGGCAAACGAUAGCGGAAACCCCCUGUGUUACUAGACUUGGCACAAAAGAUGGGCACAAACCUAUCGGGAUUGUACCGUAUAUCCCAAUUGGAAAUUGUACUUAAAUACAACUAAGAAAGGCACUACUGAUUUAAAAGAAUGACGCAUCUAAAAAUCUAUAAUAGAGGAUAGGUUUUCCUGCCUUUGCAUUGCAAUCUGAUAUCACUGCAU